AUGGAUGAGUUUAAUUUCUUCCAGUUUUUGAAUGAUAAAAAUGAGAUUCUUCAGGCUGAAGACCAACAUGCCAGGGACUUUCCAACUUUUUGUCUACAUUUUGGUGAAUAUUUUGACGAUUUUGUACCUUCUCAAGCUCAAAAUCCGCGCGAUCCCGAGUCCACCGAGUCAACAACAAACGAAGAAAAUCAAAACCCACUACAAGAGUUGGAAGUUGCAAGAUUUCUCAUCAUUUUAAGCGAUGAAAUACAUGAGCUUAAGUCUGUCACUUCCAAUAAUUAUAGCUCCCGCUCCACAAAACAAUGGAUGAAUGUUUUCAGAAGUUGGUGUCAAUGCCGCCAUCUUGAAUAUGUCUCCAUCGAAACAAUGGCGCCUGAAGAACUUGACAAAGUCCUGAGUAAGUUUUACGCCGAAGUAAGAAAAAAGGACGGAGACGAUUACGAGCCACAGUCCCUUAAAAUCAUGCAGAGUGCCAUAGAAAGAUAUCUAAAGGAGAAGAACUAUCCAUUGAGCAUCGUGCAAUCGAGGGAGUUUCACUCCUCACGAGAAAUCCUCAAUGCGAAAGCAAUUUCCCUGCGUCAACAAGGAAAGGGAAAGAGACCCAACAAAGGUCAGCCAAUCACAUCUGAAGAAGAGUCAGCCUUGGGGGAAAAAGGUCAGUUGGGUGAUUUUAAUGGAAAGGUCUUGACCGAUGUCAGCCUUAGAAAUUUGACGGAACAACUGGGAUUUCGUGGUCGCCAAGAACACUACGAUGCGUACGUGGAAGAUGUAAUUAUAAGACAGCGAGAAGAUGGAACUGAAGUUGUUGAGUUCAGAGAAGGUCCCACUAAAACACGGAGCGGUGGUCUCACCAUUAGGCGAAGAACAACACCACAAGCAAUGCUCAGCACCGGUGGCGGAAAAAGCGAUCCAGUGCGGCUAUUCAAGCUUUGGUUGUACAAGCGACCGGAAGGAAUGAAGAACACAGGGCCACUCUAUCUAAGCAUCAUUAAUCGUCCUAAAUCAGCAGAUGUUUGGUAUGAAUGGGACAAAACACCAUCGGAAAUUUAA